AAAAAAAGAAAAGAAAUGAGAGGGGAAAGAGGGAAACGAAAACAGGAAAGAAAGAAAAGGGGAAAGGGAGAAGAGAGGGAGAACAGUGAGGAGGGGAGAGCAUCGCCGGCAGAGGAAGGCGGAGGAGGAGUCGCCGCUGUCCAGUUUGCCACUGCGCUCUGCCCUGUCUUGUGUCGCCACCGCGCCGUGCGUCACCGCCGAUCUGCCUCGAAGCCAUCAUCGCGAAUCAAAACUGAGGCGAGAGAGGCAACCGCGCGAGGAGGAGGCGUCACCGUCCCGUGGAGUCGCGCCGCCGCUGCUGUCCGUGCCAUCGCCGUCGCCCUCACCGCGUCGCGCCGCCACAAAACCGUCACCGUCAUCGAGCCCGAGACGGAGAAGAGAGCGCGCUCGAUGAGUGAGAAAGGAUGGAAGCCAGGUUUUGUCACUGUACAACUCCAUUGUUACCUCUGCUGUGCCCUAUUGAAGCUUCUGACCGCGCCUCUGCGUCGCCGGAGCUCCACGCCACCGCUGCCGCCGCCAAAAACCAUCUCUGAAGCCUGUUUGCUUGGAUAUACGGUCACCGCGAGUUUCUCUGCCGCCGUUUCACUUGCCGCCGCAGGAAGUCCAUCGCCGUCUUGUUGUUACCGCCGCCAGAACCAUCGCCAGACUUUCUAUAGUUUGGUUCAGUUAUUAUUCCUUCAUUAG